UACAAAAGAUUAGACUUCUCUCAGUGGAGCUGUGAUCGGUGAAUUAAAGGAAAAUCAAUAUUCUGUCUUGUUCUGUUGUUGUAUCGUGAUUCAAUUAAUUUAAUUUAUCAUCAAAAUGUCUGCUAUUCGUGUUGUCAACCCUAAAGCUGAUGUCGCCCGACACUCUCAAGCCUUGAACAUCAAUAUUAGUGGGGCUCGAGGUCUCCAAGAGGUGAUUAAAUCUAACCUGGGUCCACGAGGAACUAUGAAAAUGCUUGUUUCUGGUUCUGGUGACAUCAAAAUUACCAAAGAUGGAAAUGUUCUCCUGCAUGAAAUGGUAAGUAUAAUUAUUUCUAGUCAAGAAUAGUGUCUCUAGUUUAU